UACUUCCCCUUCCCGGCUACAGACAAGUUCCUGACCUAAGGACUUGUAACAGCCGAGACAAAGCCCAGAGAUGGAAGCAGACAAGGUCACAGAAGAGCCUCAUACCACCAUGGAUGCGGAAGAGAGCCUUUCUUCAAAGGACCCCUCUGCUGAGGACUCACAGGAGCCCACUAUCCCUGAAAUCCCCUUAGAGCCUGCCCUCUCUGAAACCCCUUUAGAGCUCCUUGCCUCUGAAUCUCAUAUGGUGCCAUCCAUUUCCCAGAUUCUAGAGACCCACAGCUCUGAAACCCCUUUGGAGCCUUCCAUCUCUGAGAUUCCUUUAGAACACUCUGCCUCUGAGGUCCCUUUGGAGACCCCUACCGAGACCCAGCUGGAGACUCACAUCUCCAAGGUCCCAGAGAAACACCUUACUUUUCAGACCUCAUCACUAAACUGUGUCUCUGUGUCUUCCUCUGAUUACCUGAAGGAAGCCUUCUCUGAGUCUUCCUCCAGUGAAGGCUCAUGGACAAGGAGGUCUAUCCAGACCUCUGAAUCUGAGAGCGUUCCAAAGCACUCCCUUUCGGGCCUUCCAGCCCAGGUCCACCUGGACACAUCUGCAAAAGAUGGGGAAGAGGAAGAAGAGGGAGAGAAAGGGGUCGAUGCCACUGACAGCACCGCUCACGCAGCUCAGCCUGAACACCAGCUGGGUUACACCGUCCACCCAGUGGUCCCUGCUGAGCAGGCAGACCUGGUGGAAGUGACUAAGGCAAUGCACAAAGGGAAGUUUGGUGCUCAGGUGAAUUAUCUUUUCCAGUGGGAGAAGGAGGCAGCCCUGAAUGCCAUCCAAACAGGUCUCUAUAUUGGCUGGCGCUGCCCCCAUUAUCUAUGGGACUGUUUCCGGAUUGGGGAUAAGUCCAAGUGCUUUUGUGGACACUUGUUGAGAGAGCACCAGAUCAUCUCAGACAUAUCCGUGCCCUGCAAUGUGGGCCAGUGCCGCUGCCUCAUGUUCUGCUUUAUCCCGUCACGCCCAGAGGAGGUGGGUUAGUUCUGGCUCAAGAGGCGGGCCACCUUUGACCCCAGGGCUUGGAGAGCCCAAUGUCACUGCAAACACAGCCAUGAAGACCACGCAGCUACCAGGUCCCAUUCCUGCAGGGUCAAAGGCUGUUGGUGCAACUGCUUUGAGUCUAAUUUCCUCUGUGCGGCCUGUGACUGGCGCUGGGAAGAACAUGACUUUGAGACUGAGGAGACCCCGCAGCGAGGAGGGAGGCCUCACGGAGCAGAUUAUGUACCUUUCGCAGAGAUGCCUACCCUCCGAGAAGCCAUCAUCAACAACUCUGACUUCGAGGCCCUCCACAAGAAGGGGCCCUCUGGCCAUCCCAGCUCCCACCCUGGGGCCCUCUGGCCAUCCCAGCUCCCCCUGGGCUCCCUAGCCCAUGCAGUGUCCAGCCUGGCCCCAUAUCUGACCCCUGUACCUGACCCUUUCACCCCUGCUCUUCCCUCCUCCAGGGACAGACACUGUCAACACCAGGUGCAGGCCUCUGUGAGCCUGGCCCAGAUCAGCAAUAAAGGGAAAGCCACUGGAAUCUGGCUGGCUCUGUAUGAGGCAGAUAGAGACCGGCCCGGGGUAGACACAAGGUAG